UGACUACCUACACAAGCUGCAACUCACACUUCCACUCCAUUUCUUCAUCGUCAACCCCACAAAUCUCAACAGCUCCUCUGAUCCAGUGAUCCUUCCCCCCACCAUUUCUUAAUUUUUUUCUAGUGUUUCUUCCUUCUCUGUCACACUUUAUCACAUGUGAGCUAUGGACUUGUCAAGGGAGAAAACAUAGAAUAAAUCAGACCCCACUUUCUUGAUCUGUGAUUUGGACGCUGCAGCUUUCUCUCUCUGAAAAUUCUUGAGAGCCCAUUUCCUGGUUCAGCCAUUGACGCACCCUUGGCCACUUCCCGAGCUCUUAAUUCGAAGGGGCCAUUUUUCUUCCCUCAAGCUUCAAUCUUCUAAUUUUUCUUUCGUUCUUCACGCUCUCGUGUUACCAGCUUUUCCAUGGCCCACGAGCGUGCGUGGCGAUACGGAUAAAUUGAAUUCCCAUUUUGUUCUGAAACGCCGCCGUUUUGUUCAGUAGAAUGUUGACUUGCAUAGCGUGCUCGAAGCACAACCUGAAUGCGAACGGAUCUCUCCCCGAGCCGCCGGAAGACGAUGAAAAUGCCGCCACGCCGUCCACCAAGCAAACUAUUAAGGCUUUCACCACUCAGAUCAAGGACAUGGCAGUGAAGGCAUCUGGUGCAUAUAAGAACUGCAGGCCAUGUUCGGGCUCGUCGGGCCAUAAACAGGACUAUCUAGACUCGGACUUUGGCUCAGUGUCUGAGAGGUUUCACGGCUCGUACAGAAGGCCGGGCAGCUCAAAUUCCACGCCUCGACUCAGGGGAAAGGAUUUGGAAGCCAAACUGAGAGCCCUUUCGAGCGGCUCAGCCACGCCAGCUUCAGUUAGUGGUAGAACUGAGUCAGUAUUGUUCAUGGAGGAAGAUGAGCCUAAAGAAUGGGUUGCACAGGUUGAGCCGGGAGUGUUGAUUACUUUCAUUUCGCUGCCUCAGGGUGGAAAUCAUCUGAAAAGGAUCCGAUUCAGUCGAGAUGUUUUCAACAAGUGGCAAGCUCAAAGGUGGUGGACUGAUAACUGUGACAAAGUAAUGGAAUUAUACAACGUCCAGAGGUUUAAUCGUCACGAAGCACCUAUGCCAACUCCUCCACGAUCCGAAGAGGCCUCAAGAUCCGAUUCGAUCGAGGACAGUCCCGUGACACCUCCAUUGAGCAAAGAACAUCUACCUCGCCACUUCCAUCGGGCAACAAAAGUCGAUCACUCGUCAUCAGAGUCAUGUGAGCAAUACGAAAGCCCGUUACAUUCUCGUUUUCUUCACCAUUCGCCAGGUGGACUCAACUCGACUCCCAAGCUGUCCAUGGAUGCCUCAAUGCGGUCGAGCUCGUCGAGAGAGAUCGACCACUCUGGAGAGCUCUCAGUGAGCAACGCUAGCGAUUUGGACAGCGAGUGGGUCGAGCAAGACGAGCCUGGAGUCUACAUCACCAUCAGAGCCUUGCCAGGUGGCGCUCGGGAGCUUAGGAGAGUGCGGUUCAGCCGAGAUCAAUUUGGAGAAAUGCAGGCACGGUUAUGGUGGAACGAGAACAGAGCCAGGAUCCAACAACAAUACCUAUGA